CACACACUGCCAGCAAGAUCAUCAUCAUCACCAUCACGUUCUGGCUUGAACCAUCGAUGUUUUACGGGGUCGAAAUCUUUUACUGGAGCGCGGUCCUCGCUAUUGUUGAAGGACAAGGGGACGACGCGUCGGCACUAAAAGCUCAUGGCGUCAUACCUGAUGUGAUCAGCGACGCACCUGCGCAAACACUUGCAGUCAAGUAUAGCAGCACAGCCGUGAUCAUGGGAAGCAAAUUGGACCUCGAGACGACAUCGACGACGCCCACAAUAGAGCUGCAGGCCACCGACGGCAUGUUCACGCUUGUCAUGGUUGACCCCGACGCCCCGAGCAGGAAUGCUCCCAAGAUGAAGCAUUGGCGUCACUGGCUGGUGGUCAACGUUCCGGCUAAUGGAGAUAUCGGAGCAGGGGAUACGAUUACAGAAUACAAUGGGCCUUCGCCUCCCGCGGGGAGUGGCCCGCACCGCUAUGUCUUCUUGCUGUACGCGCAAAGCAGCCCCGUGGACGUGGAUGCCUUCAAGAUAUCUUCCAACAGGGGCCAGUUCAAUCUGGACACGAUAACUAAGUUGCAAGGAGUCUCGCAACUGAAAGCGGUUAACUUCUUCAUCGCAGAGAGAAGCGGUGCUCAGGCUUUGACCGGAACCGUUGGAAAGUUUCAUUUUCUGCCGAUAUUAGCGUCCCUUCUGCUGUGCAUUUCGUCUUCCGGUGAGGCGUGAAUUCGUGCACGUGAGGCGCGAACAUAGGGAAAUAAAUUAAUGUUUUUGA